GGGGAUUUUCGGUUGUGCGCAUCCCCUGCCAGCUCCUGGAGGUUUAUUCCUUGACCCUACAACACCAGGCCCGACUCUAAAUUUAGUCAUUGUAUCAUGGAUGUAGGCAAAAAAAUUGACCCAACGGUAUCUGUGCAAACAUUACAACAAAAAGCCAACCCAGACCGCAGUCUUGCAACUACCAUUUAUGUGCCAGAACAAGGAGGGUACAAAGAGAAAUUUGUCAAACCCGUUGAAGAGAAAUACAGAUGUGAAAAAUGCAGACUUGUGUUGUGUAACCCGCGGCAGACGGAAUGUGGUCAUAGGUUUUGUGAAACGUGCAUGAAUUCAUUACUAAGUUCAUCGAGCCCACAAUGUACUGCCUGUGAAGAAAUCAUAAUUAAAGAUAAGGUGUUUAGGGAUAAUUGCUGUCGAAGAGAAGUCCUCGCACUUCUCAUGUGCUGCAGAAAUGAAGGCAGAGGCUGCAGAGAUCAGAUCACCCUUGGCAACCUAUUGAUUCACCUCAAAAGUGACUGCCAGUUUGAAGAGCUCUCCUGCCCCCGUACUGACUGCAAAGAAAAGAUCAUAAGAAAGGACUUGAGUGACCAUAUAGAAAAGACAUGCAAAUAUCGCGAAACGCCAUGUAAAUACUGCAAAAACCAAGUACCAUUGGUAGAAAUGCAGAAACAUGAAGAGAUGUCUUGUCCGUCAGUCGUAAUAUCGUGUCCACAUAAGUGUAGUGUGAAGAGUCUCUUGAGAAGUGAGUUGAGUGCUCAUUUGUCAGAAUGCGUAAAUGCCCCCAGUACGUGUAGUUUUAAACGCUAUGGCUGCAGUUUUAAGGGAACAAACCAGCAAAUUAAAGUACAUGAGGCAAGUUCUGCCGUCCAGCACGUGAAUCUCAUGAAAGAAUGGAGCUCGUUCUUGGAAUCCAAGGUAUCCGUAUUGCAGAAUGAAAGUUCUGAAAAGAAUAAAAGUUACCAGGUAUUACAUACACAGAUGUGUAACUUUGAAAUAGAAAUUGAACGACACAAGGAUAUGCUACGGAAUAAUGAGACAAAAAUUCACCAGCUCCAGAGAGUGAUAGAAGGGCAAGCCGAAAAGCUGAAGGAAUUGGAUAAAGAAAUUAGAAAUCUACGUGAAAGUGAGGAUGAGGCCGAUAACAUGAAAUGCAAUAUGGAAUCAUUACAGGCACGCUUAAUACAGAUAGAAAACGUCAGCAAAACUGCAGCUGCGUGGAACCCGGGUGUAUUGGAGACCCAGAUUAACCGACACGACCAGAUGCUAAGUGUUCAUGAUAUUCGACUGGCUGACAUGGAUCUUAGAUUCCAAGUAUUGGAGACUGCAAGUUACAAUGGGGUGCUGAUCUGGAAAAUCAGAGACUACAAACGCCGAAAGCAGGAGGCAGUCGUGGGCAAAACACUAUCCUUGUAUAGUCAGCCAUUUUACACUGGGUAUUUUGGCUAUAAGAUGUGCGCAAGAGUUUAUCUCAAUGGUGAUGGUAUGGGAAAAGGAACACACUUGUCUCUCUUUUUUGUGAUCAUGAGAGGUGAAUAUGAUGCUUUGCUUCCUUGGCCAUUUAAACAGAAAGUAAGUCUGAUGCUGAUGGACCAGGGGACUUCACGGCGUCAUUUGGGGGACGCUUUUAAACCAGACCCAAACAGCAGUAGUUUCAAAAAGCCAACAGGCGAAAUGAACAUUGCAUCUGGCUGCCCUGUCUUUGUUGCCCAAACUGUUCUUGAGAAUGGGACGUACAUUAAAGAUGACACUAUUUUUAUUAAAGUGAUUGUGGAUACUUCGGACUUACCAGACCCGUGACUCCGGAUGUGGCGCCACUCUAGGUAGAAAGGCCAGCACAGGGUUUUGUACGCCAGUCUUCACAGAGAGGUCCCGAGGUUUGAAUAAGGACCUGUUGUGCUGAAACGGAGGCCAGAUGGAACACGGACAUAGGGUCCAACGGUGGUAGCCACAUUUUGUACAGUCUAUGGUUUGCUGUAUUGAGAAUGUGGAAAUCUGCAAGGAAGAGUCAACGGGCGGAAGAGUAGUUUGCCCCUUGUGCAAAUAAAGAUUGUAGUAAUAUUUUUUUGGGGGGGUGGGAUGGGAUGGGAUAGAGAGAGGUAUAUUUCAAUGACAAAUUUGCUCCAGGGAGCAAUGAAAUGAAUGUUGUAUGUACCUAAUAUAAUUUUCCAUACUCAACAAAAUCUACAUGAAAAGUUUUCACUGCUUGUGAGAAUUAGAUUAUCCAUUGCAAGCAAGAAAUCUGUGAGUAAAAGCUUUCAAUGAUGUUAUAAAA